AUGGGAUUCCCAGAACGAGACGCAGAUGCGGGGGAAGAUGACGAGGAAGCGCAAAGAGUGGCGAGUUCAGGCGCGGCGAUAAAAGCGAAGAAGGUCGUGACGAAGAAUAAAGCGAAAGCGGAGGGAGCGGAGAAGGAAGCGGGGGAGGAAGCGGGGGAAGGAGCGGAGGAGGAUGACGCGCUGCUGACGAAGCCGCCGUCGAAACGGCAGCAGUUGAUGCAGCACUUACAAUCCCCCGUUUUUAUCACCCGGCUAGUUAUGAUGGCGUUUCUGGUGAUUGUGGUGGUGGUUCUCACAGUCGGCACGUGGUUCGCCGCCAGAACUGCCUACAGCCAAUCGCUCGACGCCGUCGCCCUUCAGCUGCGCGAGAAGACACUAGUGGGCGUGCAGGAGCAGUUUCUGCUGUACAUAAACCGCGACCGCGACGUGCUCGUGUCGCUCUCCUCUGUGCUCGAAACCACCUUCCAACAGCUGCGCACGUGGAACCUAACCCUUAACGAUAGCCUCAGACUGGUCCGUCCCCUACUCUGGUCGUUCUUCAAGAGCUCACUCCCACACAUCACCACGCUCGGCUACUACAGCAUGACAGGCCCUUUUGUAACAUACGCACAGUACGACCUGGCUAAACAGUCCUUCGCCUCGCAGGACGGAUCUCUCUCCAUGGUCUAUUCCAGAAACGUUCUCCCCAACUCCACCGCCCCCUGGUUCAUCCUGCCCACAAACUCCUCCUCCGGGCUGCCCGCAAACAACACCCCGACGCCGUUCAAGCCACUGCGACUAGGAUCCGUGGAGCUAUACCAGCAGAUUGAGCGCGGAGAGGAGAACCUCCUGUGGACGUUCAACGCGAUUCAGGACCUGUCCGGCCCGAUGCUUGUCGCCAGCUCGGCUGUGCACAGCCCGGGGGUGACUCCCCCUGCGGGCGUGCUCAUUCUCGGGUCGUCCGUGGGCAUAGUGAACCGGUUUCUCGUGCAGGACACGAUAGAGGGGUGCGUGAUGUACAUCGGGAGCUCUGAGGGGUUCCUGGUGGCUACGUCAACAGGGGUAGCUACGUCCACUCCAACUGGGGAGGGGCGGCUGCAGCAGUUUGUGAAUGCGACGGAUGUGGAGGAUGCGACGAUUGCAGGCGUGGCGCGGUAUUUGGAGCGCGAGUACGGGCUGCCGGCGCUGGUGGCGGGGAAUUAUAGUCUGAGCAAUGUGGAUGUGGUGGGGCGCGCGUGGUAUGUCAGCAGCAUGGGCUUCGCCGUUGAUAACCUGAAGCUGUAUCUGGUGAUCAUCCUGCCACGCACGUCCAUCAUGGGAACGGUGGAUCAGGAGAUGGAGACAAUGAUCAUCGUGACAUCCUGCGUGGCGGUGGGGCUGCUGCUGCUGGGGUGGGUGGUGGUGAUCUUCCUCACGCUCUACGUGGACACGCGCAUGCGCCCCAAGGAGGAGCUGCAGCGCCAGAAGGAGGAGACGCAGCGAGCCCAGGCAGCCUCGGAGGUCAAGAGCCAGUUUCUUGCCAACAUCUCCCACGACCUGCGGACUCCCAUGGCCGGCAUCCUGGGCCUGCUGGACAUAAUGCUGUGUGACCAUCUAACGGCCGAACAAGAAGCCAAUCUGAGGCAGAUGAAGUCGUGCUGCGCUUCCCUCCUUGGGCUGCUAAACAACCUGCUGGACCUGGCCAAGGUGGAGGCGGGCCGCAUGCAGCUGGAGGUGCUGGAGUUUGACAUUGUGGGCGAGCUCGAGUCGCUCGUCGACAUGUUCAGCGUGCAGGGAUUGAGCAAUGGCACGGAGAUUGCUCUCGAUCUCUCGGAUGAUAUUGAGCGGACGGUUAAAGGGGACCCUUCCAGAGUCCGACAGCUGGAGGUGUUGGAGUUUGACAUUGUGGGCGAGCUCGAGUCGCUCGUCGACAUGUUCAGCGUGCAGGGGCUCAGCAACGGGGUGGAAUCGCUCUCGAUCUCUUGGAUGACAUCGAGAGGACUAUGUUUCGCAACACUCGCUUGCCCUCCUCCGCUCUCACUGCCACUCCCUAUUCGCCCCUCUCCCUUGUUCCCCUCCUCUCCCUCUUCCCCUCGACUCCCUCGUCCCCCUUUCCCUCCUUUUCCCAUCUGCCCCUCGUCUCCCUUGUCUCCCUCGUCUCCCUUGUCUCCCUUGUCUCCCUCGUCUCCCUUGUCUCCCUCGUCUCCCUUGUCUCCCUCGUCUCCCUUAUCUCCCUUUCCCUCUUUUCUCCCUCUGCCCUGCCCCUCAACUCCCUCGUCCCUCGUUGCCCUAUCCUCUCCUGCCGCCCGCCAGGUGUUUGCGAAUCUGCUGAGCAACGCGUGCAAGUUCACGCGGAACGGGCAGGUCAUUGUGAGGGGGUGGAUGAGACACAACCCGCCGCCCCACCUGCGCGACUCAGACCUGUCCAUCCCAGGGGAGAAGAAGCGCAGCGGCCACGGUCCCAGUGUGGACGCGGACGGCACGCCAGCUUCCGCCACCACCAGCGCUGCCACCGACGCUGCAGGCAGCACAGAGGGCGACACUGACACUUCAGCAGCAGCAGGCGCAGCAUCAGCAGCAGGGGGAGCAGGAGGGGGCGCAGGGGCAGCAGGGGGGGCGGGUGCGGGGGGGAAGGAGGGGGGACGGGAGAGGCGGAUGGUGACGUUUAUGUUUGAGGUGGAUGAUUCAGGGCCGGGCAUCCCCGCGCACAAGAGGCAGCUCGUCUUUGAAAACUUCCAGCAGGCCGAUGCUUCCACCAACCGCACCCAUGGCGGCACGGGGCUCGGGCUGGGCAUCGUCAAAUCCCUGGUGCAACUGAUGGGAGGGCACAUAGCAGUGGUGGACAAGGAGGGGGCGGGGGCGCGGUUCCGGUUUGACCUGUGCUGUGAGGCGCUGGACCACAGCAGCGUGUGGAAGAACAGCAUGCUGCAGCCCGAGUUCCUCCUCCCCAAGCUCACCACCGUCGAGGGCGGCCAAGUCCUCCUUGCCAUGCACGAGGAAUCCGCCGGCGCUGCCAUCGCCUGCGCGUGGCUGGAGCGGCGGAAGCUGCACGUGUGGCGGGCCACGCAGUGGGCCGAUAUCAUGCCGGCUGUCUCGUCUAUGCUAGUUCACAGAGCGUCAGAUCGAGCGGGGUUACAGCCGAGGGUGUCGAGGUCUAUGGUGGGGUUUUCCGCGCCGCUGGCUCGGUCGUUUCAGCCGGGAGGGGUUGGGGCGAGCGGGAGGGGUGGUGCAGGUGCGGGAGGGGGAAGGGACGGGGUGUUUAGUCCGAUUCCGGAGCAGAAUCAGAGCCAAGGGGCGUCAUUUAGGGACGGGGGAGGCUCGGCCAGCCCUGCUGCCGGUCCUGCUGGUCAUCGCCCCACCACCCCGAGAGACCGUGUUCCUCCAAGCCAGCCCUAUGCCUCAGGCUCGGUAAAUAGUGGUGCCUCGGUAGCAAGUCCAGCCGCUGCAGCAGGGAGCAGCGCAGGUCCGGGCCGAGCCAUGUCUCCAGCAUCGUCGUUUUCCCGAAGCUCUUUCAACGAGCACGGUAGGGAAAAUAGCCCCGGAAUGGUUGGGGACGACGGCGCAGGUACCCCCGGCGGGAACAGCUUCGGAUCCGUAAACUCCCGGUUAGUCCUCGCGAUUAUCGACGUCUCACUCGUCCCGAACCUGUACCAGUUUAUAGCAGAAGAGCUACAUAUCUUCCGGGCCAGGCUGCAGCACCAGGGGUUUGUGAUCGCGUGGCUCGUGGAGCACAACACGUCCGCGGAUACGAGGCGGUCGCUGCGGCGGUCGGGGUGUGCUGUGGCGUCCAAGCCGCUGUAUGCAUCCCGCAUGGCCCCGCUGCUGGCGCUGGCAACGGCGAGGAAUGGCGUGGCGCACUCGAGCUCGAGUAUUGACAUGCCGCCGCUGCCCAGUGCGGGGGCGGGGAGGAGGGAGCCCGGUGGAGGGGGAGGCGGAGGAGGGGGUGGUGGGGGAGGUGCGGGGCCGCACUGGCAUGGGGAGGACUCGAGCUGGUCGCUCCCCCCGCCAGUGGAGGAGGACGGGGCAGUGGACAAACAGGCGCCCGCCACGUCAGCAGCGGGAUCCCGCAGGGCGCUGCCGUCCCCGGCGUCGCUGGCAGCAGCAGCGGGCGGCAUGUCUCCAUCUGCUAGACUCAUGGCACGGGGUGGCGUGGGGGGAGGCGGGGGAAGAGAGGGGGGAACAGGCGGAGGGGGGGGAGGGGCAGGAGGAGCGGUGGGGUCACCAGGAGCUGCCGCGGCUGGUGGGACUGGGGGGGAAGGGCCAGGGGCGGCAGGGGGCGUGGGAGGGGCGAGUGAGAGUCAGAGGGAUGGUGGCAGUGGCAAGGGGUCGACACACAGAGUGGGUCGCGCUCGGUCUAUGAAGCAUUCACCAGGGGCAGCGGGGGAGAGCAACUUUGAGACUGCAUUGGCGGGCAAGCGGGUGCUCAUUGCAGAGGACACGGCACUGCUGCGCAAGGUGGCCAUAAUCCGGAUGCAGAAGCUGGGGUGUGAGGUGGAGGCAGUGUGUGAUGGGCAGCAGGCAGUGGACGCCAUUCUCGCCACCUACGCUGCCAGAGACACUCAGGGAGAUGCCGCCACGCACUUCGAUGCUGUUCUCAUGGACUGCCAG